AUGAAUGAAACAGCAGUAAAAUCUUCCACUACUCCUACUACCACUAAUACUACUACUACUACUAAUAAUAAUAAUAAUAACAACAGUAAUAGUGAUAAUAAUACCACUACAAGUACUAUUACGAUUGCUUCUAUUAAAAAUGAAUUAGAUGCUGCCGUAAAGACAUUUGAGCAACACAUACGCCGGGCAGUAGUGAAAGUAGACAAAUACCUGCGAAAAGGUGCCCCCGCCGACACCACAAGUGUAGAGACUAAAUUAGAAGAUUUCAAACAAAGUGUGGUUCUCUUUAAUUCCGGGUGUAAAUCUAUUCUUCUGGUGGCUAAACAAACUAUACAGAAACUUGAUCAAUGUGGAUCCAACCCCAAUGCAGAUAAUAAUACCGUACUGCAAUUACAAAAAGAUCAACAAGAGUUACAGCAAUUAAAAGAAGAAUUACAACAAAUACAAGAAGAAAGACAAUUACAAAAAGAAAAACAAGAAAUGGCAGAGGCGUUAGCAGCGAAAAGUAAUGCCUUAUUAGAAGAAACAGAGGCGUUAGUGACUGAAAAAGAAAAUAAGAUGAUGGAGCUGCAGAAACAUGUGGAGGAACUUCAACAGACAUUAGAAACUGUGAAGAAGGAACAUGAACAACAGCAGCGGGAGACUAUAGCCGAGUUAAAAGAAAAGAAAGAGGCAUGGGCACAAUUAAAUAUCGAAAAAGAAAGUCAUCAAGAAGAAUUAGAUACAGCUCAAACACAAAUACAAUAUCUGGAAGAACGUCUCUCCACAUUAGAAAAGAGUCGUACUCGGGAAUUCGCCCUUCUUGAGCGAAUGUCAAGAGAUCAUGAGAGAGAUAUUACGGUUUGGCAGAGUAAGUGUACACAGGCACUGCAGGAAUUAGAGCGAGUACAGGCAGAAAAGAAAGAAAUGAUUAGUCGUUUUGUGGAUGAGAAUCUCCGUGCACAAGUACAGGAUCUACAGAGAGAAUGUAAUCGACUUCGUGAAGUAAAUGCCGAACUUCGAUGUGAAAGUAUAAAUAUGAAAUCAACUGUUAUUAAAGAAAAUGAAGAAAAAGAAAAAGAGAAUGGGAAUGGGGAUGUUAUAGUUUCUUCUUUAGAUCCAGUAAUGUCUAUUUCAGUAGUAAAUAAGAAAAAAAAGAUGAUUGUAAACCCUGCUAUUGUUUCACUUUCAGCAGAGAAGAAGGAAUUAUCCGAUCAGUUAAGUGCUGUAUUUGAAGAGAAACUCUCUAUUGAAAAGGAACUUUUUCUUCUUCGUCAACGUUUAGCCUUUAUGGAGCAACAUCACUGCAAAUGUGCAACCCUGCAGAUUACUUCAUCUUUUCCCAUUAAAGAGGAAGAGAAGGAUGGGAAGAGAGGGGUAAUAGAUGGAAUAAAGAGAGAGAUAUCUAUGGAAAUCCAUAAUAAUAAUAAUAAUAAUAAUAAUAAUAAUAUAGUAGGAAUACCACCAGUGCCAAUUAAGAAGUGUGAUGUUGCCAUUCAAUACGAUACACCUAAUAAUAAUGUUAAUAAUAAUAAUAAUAAUAAUAAUAAUAAUAAUGAUGGUAUACAUUCUCACCAGAGUAAUGAACGGGUGUUGGAGUUGGAGGCGUGUGUAAGACGAUUAGAAGAGCAACUCAUAGAUGUUGUCACUACAGCCACUACUGCGAUUGAGGAAGAACGACUAGCGGCAUCACAUCAAUAUCAACAGGAAUUAUCCAUCCACGAGGGAAUAUAUCAAUCUAAAUUAAAUGCCAUUCGUACAGAGGCGGCUCAACACGCACGUGAGGCCCAACAGACAUUAGAAUCUCAUUAUAAAAAUCAAUUGCAGCAUGCUAAUGAAUGUAUACGGACAAGAGAAGAUCGAGCCCUAUUAGCGGAGAAGAAAGUACUCGCUAUGCAGAUUGAUAAUGAACAACUGCGAGUACGGGUGAAAGUGUUAGAAAGAGCAUUAGAGGAUAUGCAGCAAACACAAGUAAAGCCCAUCUCUCAACACGUCGUUAUCCCUACAGUCCAAUCAUCUGCGAGGGAUCUCAACCAUAGUGAAAGAAAUAGUCAUCUUGACAAGAGAAGAAUGAGUCAACAACAACAACAAGAAGAAAAAGAAAAAGAAGAAGAAGAAGAACAAGAUUUAUUACGUGUUCAUUCUGUUGUUAGUUGUAGUCGUAGUAGUGGUGGUACAUCUGUGAAGUCUCGUGUGGAAGUACUCACGCGACUCGAUGAUGUGAUCAAACAAGUUCAUGAGCGACUGACGGCGUUAGACAAUGAAGUGGCGGGCAUCACUGAGGCGUAUGAGAUGGAGUAUUGGGAGAGAAUGAGGGGUGUGGAACACCUCCGUGCCCUUCUCACUACCGGCGAUAAUAAUAAUAAUAAUAAUAAUAAUAAUAAUCAUAAGGAUGAGGAUAAUGAUAAUGAUAAUAGUGAUAGUGCUGCGGCCAGUGUUAGUGCUCUUCUAGAGGCUCAACGUGUGGCCCGGCGGGAUAUUACUUUAUAUUACAAAGCGGCAGAAGAGAAGCGGGAAGAACUCGUCGGUGUACUCGAGAAGGCUAUUAACAGACGUCUGAAGUUAAUACAGGAGUAA